CAAAAAGAAGAAGUGCAGCUCUUGUAACGGUCCGCUUCUCUGCUUCCAAACUUCACUUACACUGACCAGUAACACCACAGUCGCGGUUUGACUCCGAGAUUAACAAAGUAAGUACUGCUGACAAUAAACAGCCCACAUAAAUAAUGGUGGAAGAAGAGAAUUAUGUGACAGUGAUAUUUCAGACAAAGGGAGAUCCAACAUACGUGACGCCAAAAGACGCAGAAACAAUCUAUGACGAGGUGAACACUGAGCAGAGGAAAUGGGAUGCACCCCUUGUAAUAACAGAGAAUAAAGAGGAAGCUCCAGCCCGUACUCGGCUUCUGUUGGUUGUGACAGGUCUGGUGAUUAUUUGCCUCAUCUUGGUGUCAGUCAUCAUCGCCCUCAUUUUCCACUUUAACACAGUCAUGAGGGAGCAGAAAAGAGAAAUGUCCAACAUCACAGCACAGAACCUGCAGCUGAUGAAACAGAAGACGUCCUCAGAGCGACGGACAGAGGAGCUGACCAGAGAGAGAGACCAACUCAACUGGACCAUCGGAGUCAUCAUGGAAUAUCAGGAAUUUUCAGUGGAAAAACACUGCCCACAGAAAGUGUGUAAACCUUGCCUGGAUGGCUGGGUGCUGUUUCAGUCAAGCUGUUAUUUGUUUUCCCAACAUCAGUAUUUGAGUCGUUGGAGGACCUGGGAUGAAAGUCGUGAUUACUGCAAAAUGUAUCAGGCGGCUCUGGCAGUGAUUGAAAGUCAGGAAGAACAGGAAUUUAUCAACAACCACACUAAGGACUAUCACGCUGAUGAUAGGCAUGGCUACUGGAUCGGUUUGAGAGCGGAGAGCCCAAAGGACACGUGGACGUGGGUAGAUGGAAGUAAUCUCACUGUGACGUACUGGAAAACGCAACAAGCUGUGAACAGAUUUUGCGCUUUAAGUCUACCAAAAGCGCCCCCUCUGGCCAACUGGGGCAAAGAGAGCUGUGACAUGAAAAACCGUUGGAUCUGUGAAAGAAGAGCGUUAAUUAAAGGACAUUAGGAAUCAGUCCCAGUAUUACAAUUGUUAUUUAAUGUGACAGUAACUUCUUUUAUUCCUUGUGUUUUUUGAAUCAAAGGCAAUGAGCUUUUUUCUGUGUCAAACUGAUUUUGUAAAAAAAUAAUAAUAAUUUCUGUUUUGAUUUAUUUUAAGAUACAUUUUUAAACAAAUGCUGCAGAAUCACACAUCACGUUUGAGCUACACUGCAAAGGUAUCUGUACAUACUAAAGCAUUUGUACUUUUCUGUAAUCAUAUGUGCUCUUUUGUCUUUAUUAUGUGAUUUCUAAUGUAUUAGAUGGCAAAAAAAACAUAUUCCGAUGGAUGUAAACACAGAAACAGGCAUGAAUGUUUUUAUGUGACUAUUUAUUUAUACUAAAUGUUUGUGGAACUUCCCUUUUUACCGAGGAAGUGACAGUCUGUUCAUGCUCAUUAAGUGUAAUUUGUAAACACGUGUAUUCCUUUUAUAAUAGUGGAGAGCAACAAUAAUAAUAAUUAUUAUUAUUAUUGUUGUUGUGCCUACUGUCUAAGACUGAAACAGUGUGUAGCUGCUUAAGAAAUUAACUGGCUUAUCCUACAAAAUACUCUCAUGUUAAAAUGUUCGAUGUUAUUAUGAAAAAAGUGUUUACAGCUUAAAGUGACUCGGCCUGUGUGGAUUGCUCCCACCGUCAUAAAAACUGUGAUUUUUUAAAAUGUACUCAUUCAUCUGGACACUUGUAAGGCUUAAACCUAAGAACACAGGCAGCUGGAGCAACAGCUGUGUCUUCGGCCUUGCCUCCAUUGAACUGUGCCUGUCGCAGUAUUAUUGGUGCAUUUUAAUAAAAUUAAUUGUUGAAUGGUAA